AGAUUUUCACCGGCUACUGUUUUCAGUAGAAACCUUGUGUCACUUCGCACACAUCGUCCCGAGUUUUUUUUUUAGACUACAGUUCAUCAAUAGUGCGGCUUAAAAACAUUGCAACAUUUUAAUAUCUUAUUGCAUUUGCGUUGAUUUAAUUAUCCGAGCCAAAUUAUGUUUAAGGGUGCUGUAGCGCUUGUGACUGGUGGUGCUAGCGGUCUAGGCCGGGCAACUGCCGAACGAUUCGCUCAGAAUGGAGCCAGAGUCAUUCUCUGCGAUCUACCAUCAUCGAACGGCGGCGAUGUGGCCAAAUCACUCGGAGACAAUGUUGUAUUUGUUCCAGUUGAUGUGACGUCAGAAACGGAUGUCGCUACUGCCAUUGAAACUGCAAAAUCAAAGUUUGGACGACUGAAUGUUUCGGUCAAUUGUGCUGGAACGGCUGUCGCGUGUAGAGCAUACAAUUUUAAAAAGAACGUGCCCCACAAACUGGCAGAUUUUAGCCGUGUCUUGACGGUGAACACUGUUGGUACAUUUAACGUAAUCCGUUUAUCAGCUGGACUUAUGGGACAGAACGAACCAAAUGGUGAUGGUCAACGUGGUGUCAUUAUCAACACAGCCUCAGUGGCAGCAUACGAUGGUCAAAUUGGCCAAGCUGCCUAUUCGGCUUCGAAAGCGGCCGUCGUUGGCAUGACAUUACCUAUUGCUAGAGACUUUUCCACGAUUGGCAUUCGAGUUGUGACAAUUGCGCCCGGUUUAUUCGAUACGCCAAUGUUGUCAUCACUUCCUGCCGACGUUCGACGCGGAUUAGCCGAAACAGUACCGUUCCCGAAACGUCUGGGCAAUCCCGCAGAAUACGCACAAUUGGUCGAGGCGAUUGUGAACAAUCCGUUGAUAAAUGGUGAGACAAUUCGCCUUGACGGAGCGCUGAGAAUGCAACCGUAAAUCGGAAAAUAUCUUUUCUUCCGCUCGUUUUACAUUUGGAGGUGGCUUUCCGGUGAUGCAUUUAAAAAUGGUGAUUUAAUGAGAGAGAAAUAAAAAUGUUAAUAGGAAACGUUAGA